AUGUCGCGCUACGAGCGCAAGUACGUCUCGGACCUAGUCCCUGGCAACAUCAACCUUCUCACUACCCUUCUUGUCGCAGUGGCCGUGGUUAAUUCUGCAACCCUCGGCUACGAUUCUUCCGUCAUGAAUGGGCUUUUGAUCCUGCCCUCGUACACGGAGUACUUCCACCUCAACACAGCUACCACCGGCCUUAAUAAUGCGGCCUCCUGGAUGGGCGGUAUUAUGGGCACGUUUCUCAUGCAGCCGCUGCCAGACCGCCUCGGCCGCAAAAAUGCCAUCGUCGUUGCCGUCAUCGUCACCACCAUCGGCAUCAUCCUGCAGGCGGCCGCCCAGAACAUUGCCAUGUUUGUCGUCGCCCGCAUCAUUGUUGGCAUUGGUUCGGCUAUCUCCAACGCCUCGGCCCCCAUCCUGCUCGGCGAGCUGCUGCCUCCGCGAUCGCGUGGACGUGUCCUCGGCAUCUUCUUCUCCUGCUACUACGUCGGCUCGCUUCUCAGCGCCAUCAUCAACUACGGCAGUCAGAAUAUCCAGUCCACCUGGUCUUGGCGCUUGCCGUCUUUGUUACAGUGCAUCCCCAGCUUUCUGGCCGCUGUGCUUCUGCCGUUUGUGCCCGAGUCACCGCGCUGGCUCAUCUCUCGGAACCGCCACGACGAGGCCCUCGAGGUGCUCCUCGUCAUGCAGGGUCGCGCUGCCGAGAACAUUGACACGGCCAGAGCCUCACUGGUCGACAUCCGCACCACCAUGGCUCGCGAGUCCGCCAUGUUUCCCCGCAACCCGUGGCGUGAGGUGUUUUCGACAAAAGGCAACAGGAAGCGGCUGGUCAUCCUGGCUGCGUUUGGCUGUAUGAUCAACUCGUGGGGCAACUUUAUCAUCUCUUUCUACCUCACCAAGAUCCUCGACCAGGCCGGCAUUAGGGAUACCGUCACCCAGACCCAGAUCAAUGUCAUCCUCAACUGCUGGUCCUUUGUCGUUGCUAUUUUUGGCAGUUUCAUGCUCGACGUGCUUGGACGACGCAAGCAAACCAUGACUGGUGCCGUCGGUAUGAUCAUCACUCUUUUCGUCACCGGUGGCCUGAUCAAAGUGUAUGGCGAAAGCAGCAACAAGUCUGCAAUUUACGGAACGAUCGCCGUCAUAUUCCUCUUCCAGGGUUUCUACGCGUUCUCCAUCACGCCUAUGACCAGUCUGUAUGCUACCGAGGUAUCACAGUUCAAACUGCGGUCCGUGGGAAUUGCUGUGUUCCGCUUUUUCGAUAGCAGCAUUGGACUCACCUUCUCCUUUGCAAUGUCGUACGCCAUGGCAAAUCUAGGCUGGAAGUUCUACCUCAUCAAUGCUGCGUGGAACAUCAUAUACCUCGUCAUCAUCUACUCCACCUUCGUUGAGACCAAGGGACUGAAGCUCGAGGAGAUCGCCGCCAAAUUCGACGGCCCUCUAGCUCUUGAGGCAACUGAAGGGGACAGCGAGACCGAACCAGGUUUCGGUGACAAGAAUGUACGAGUAAAGACGACCCUCUCAGAAGAGGCUUAG